UCUUAUAUUUAUUGUCUCAUGAUCAUUAUAUAUAAUUAUUUACUUAUUGUUAGUGUCUCAUUAUCAUUAUAUAUAUAGUUUUUUAUUGUGUUCAUAAUAUCUCACAAGAUACUCUUAAUUGUCGUAAUAAGGAUGAAAACCAAGUUGUUUGUCUUUGCGUGCUUCUAUACACUAUGCAUAUUUCUUGUGGCAAUUAUGCCUUUCAAUGCUGCUGAAACAAAAAAAUCAAAUAUAAAUAUUGAGGUACAUGGAUAUGAAAAUUGGCUAAGCAGAGACUUAGGUGCAAUCUGGAAUGGCAACAAAGGAGAAAACAAUGACGGAUGUGGUGAUGGAAUAGAGGGUCAUUGUGGAAAAGGGUAUAUCGAUGUAACAUGGCAGAAGGACCAUACUUGGGGUAGAGGGUGGUGGGCUAGUGGUGGAAAAGGGGGUGGCGGUGGAAAGGGUGGUAAAGGUGGAAAAGGGGGUGGUGGUGGAUACAAAAUACCCAUUCCCGGUGGUGGAAAAGGAGACGGUGGAAAAGUGGGAGAUAAUUGAAAGUUAUAGAACUUUUCGAUGGUGGAAAGGCGACUAGUUUUGAAAAUGUUAUUAAAUAUUGGGUUAAAUAUUUUUACGGUGGUAAAAAUGGGGGUGACAGUUAGGGACACCAGUCAAGUGUGGGGAAACCCUCCAUAAAAAACUAGACACAUAUACUUGUAUAAUGUAUUCAAGCCCACGUGUGUGUGUGUGUGAUGUAUCAUGCUGCACAAUAUCUAAGCUAUAAUAAAUGUAAAAUAAAGAAUGAACCCCAUAGUUUUAGUAUGAAUCAAGUAUAAGAAUAAUAAAUCACUAAUUAUUAUUUUCGUUGA